GUGUCAACAGUUGGAAUCCGGCAACAAUAUUCAUUAUAUUCUGAGCAAAAUGUUGUUACUGAAAAGUCUUAAAAGCCAGGCAAAACUAGCUGCAUGCCGAGCUGUGGUCCGCACUUUAAAGGUCGCCGUUGUGGGUGCCGGAGGAGGAAUUGGACAACCGCUAUCGCUUCUGCUCCGUCGCAGUCCUGGAAUCGAUGAGCUGGCUCUACAUGAUCUAAGCGAAAUGAAGGGCAUUGCUGCGGAUCUAUCCCAUAUUAGCCAAACGGGAAAGGUGAUAGGUUUUACCGGAGAACAGGAACUAGAGUCGGCGGUGAGUGGAGCUGAUGUGGUGGUCGUGGCCGCAGGAAUGCCACGUCUGCCAGGAAUGCAAAGGGAUCACCUGAUGGCUGCCAAUGGAAAUAUUGCAGUGAAAGUUGCCACUGCCAUUAGCAAUGCCUCUCCACGAGCUCAUCUUGCCUUUAUCACCAAUCCCGUCAACAUGAUUGUGCCCACCGCAGCUGAGGUUCUUAAGGCCCAUGGAACUUUUGAUUCUCGACGACUCUUCGGUAUUACGACUCUGGAUGUGGUGCGAUCGAAAAAGUUCAUUGGUGAUUCUAUGAACAUAUCUCCGAAUGAAGUUAACAUUCCAGUUAUUGGUGGCCAUGCGGGGAUUACAAUUCUACCGCUCAUUUCGCAGUGUCAGCCGAAAUAUAGAUGUGAUCCCCAGGAGAUUCAGAAACUAACUCAUCGCAUUCAGGAGGCGGGCACCGAGGUGGUGAAUGCCAAAGCUGGAAAAGGAUCUGCCACCCUAUCGAUGGCUUAUGCUGGCGCUACUUUCGUGGACUCCCUGCUGCGUGGAAUUGCUGGACAGGAGGGUCUAAUCGAGUGCGCCUUUGUCGCCUCCAAGCUAACCGACGCCCCAUUCUUCGCUAGUCCAUUGGAAUUGGGAAAGGAUGGUAUCAAGCGCUAUAUACCACUUCCACAGAUGAGCGACUACGAAAAGGAGGCUUUGGAAAAGCUACUACCUAUUCUACGACAGAAUGCCGACGAGGGUGUCAAUUUUGCCAAAACGAUUUUGAGUGGACAAUCACAUUCUCCCAUUCCAGCGGCCUUGCCGUAAGCAAAUAAAAUAUGUUUUACUGUAUUAUCUACUUACUAAUAAAGGAAAAGGUAUCUAUAGA